GUAUGAGAUUGUCUAUUGUUGUGAUACGACGUCACGGUGGAGGACGUCAUCUUGCACAAGAAAAUUAUUUUAUUAUUUAUUUUGUUACAAAGCACGUAACAUUACCCGACUUACCCGUUAUCUUGUGUUUUUUUUUAUUUUAAACCAUUUCUUAAAUUUUGUUGUGAAUUUAAAUUUCAAUAACUAGUUUGUCAUGUUGAAAGUGUUUGAAGGUGACGCUUCACGCUAUUGUGCGGUGAUGUAAUUUAAACGAUUAGGUGGCUUCGCAGUCAUAGGCAGUGCAAUGGAGGAAUCCUCUUUCACGAUCCCAGCCGAUGACAACGGCGAUACUGAGCUCGACCCUAGGAUCCAGGUCGAACUCGAGAAGUUGAACGCCGCCACCGACGAAAUUAACAAACUCGAACUGGAGCUCGAUGAGUCGAUGAAGACAUUUCAUCUACUGCUGAACGAGACGUCCCGCCGCCUUCAGGCCCUCACGAGGAGACUCGGCACCUGCGUGGACAAGUCGAGGCCGUACUACGAUGCCCUGGGACAGGCGGUGGCAGCACGCUCCGAGUGUCAAAAAGCAGCAGUCCAAUUUCAAAGAGCUAGUGAACUCCACGCGGCGGCUAAGGAGACCGUGACACUGGCCGAACAAAGGUUCGUGAGCAAACAAGACGAGUGGCAGUUCGACAGUAACUGGCAAGAGGUCCUCAAUCAUGCCAUCAUCAAGGUUAUGGAUGCCGAGAAACGAAAAGCGGAAAGCGGCCGCGAACACCAAAAGAAGGCGGCCGCUUACAUCGCAGCCGAGAAGAAGGUAACGCAGUUGGAGGAGAAUCUAAAACGGAACAUAAUCAAGUCGCGUCAUUACUUUGAAGAGAAGAAGUUGUGCGACGAACAGCUGCAGACGCAAAACGAGAAAAUCGAGAAGCUUCAGCGGCUAAUAGCGGACGCGAAAUUUCGGUACUCGAAGUCGUUGAAGGCUCUAGAGGAAAUCUCUGAAGAGAUCCACAGACGCCGCGGCGAGUAUCCACCGGGGAAGGACAGCAUACCUGUGGGACCUCGGGAGCCCGGAGUGGGAGCCGAACGGGAUCCAAUACACGACGAAAUCAAGUUAGAAGAUGAAGAUUCUAGCCUCCAAGAGCUGCGUUUGAGGGUCCGCGAGCUAGCAUUGAAGCCAAUCGACAAGGCUGUGGAGACAGAUGACGCGUGGGCCUUGGAGCUAAACGAGACCAUAAAUAAACUGGACCAACUCCUGAUGAUGAAAGAGAACAAUCAACAAAAGAGAUCUAAAUUCACCGCCAGUACCCCUCAAAACUUAUCAGCGCCCUCGACCAGCACGAACGUGGCUAAAAACGCUCACCCGCCCAGCGACUCCUGGAAACCGGACACGAAUCUCGACAGGGUCAAAUCGGCGAGUCGGGAGGCGGUCUACGAGCACACGAACCCGCCCAUCAGCAAGACCGAGAAGUCAAAGAGCAUGAUGUCGCUGGACGUGUUGGCUCUCGCGCGGGAUACGAACAUCUUGGACCGCGAAUCGUAUCUAAAAGCCGUGAUAGAGGAUAAGUCGCCCACCGGCACGUACACGGAGAGCAAUUCGGAUCGCAACGAGAGUCCAGACGAUAUACUGAUGGUGGAGUGCGACUCCAACGACUCCGCCCAGAACCCGGUCAUCCGCAUGACCAGCUCCACCGUCUCGGACAGCGACGACAGUUAAAUUCACGUCGAGGAGUUAAAGGCUAUUUGGGUUAAACAACAUUUUGGAAAUUUACCAGAGCCGUUUGAUAAGUCGUCGUGUGGCCUAAGGGAUAAGACGUCCGAUGCAUUCGUGUGUAGCGAUGCACCGGUGUUCUAAUCCCGCAGGCGGGUACCAAUUUUUCUAAUGUAACAUCGUGUAAUAAAAAUGAAACUCACAAAAUUAUAAUUUGCGUAAUUACUGGUGGUAGGGCCUCUUGUGAGUCCGCGCGGGUAGAUACCACCGCCCCGCCUAUUUCUGCCGUGAAGCAGUCAUGCGUUUCGGUUUGAAGGGUGGGGCAGCCGUUGUAACCAUACUGAGACCUUAAACUCUUAUCUCAAGGUGAGUGGCUUAUUUACGUUAUAUAUGUCUAUGGGCUCCGGUAACCACAUAGCACCUGGUAGGCAGUGAGCUCACCACCCAUUUAUGCAAUAAAUAAAAAUUUGAAAAAAUAUCAUUAGAAAAAAUUCUCGAACUGUUGAUGCUAAUGACAAAUUCAACACACCUUUAAUUGCAAAGAUAUAUGUCACCAAAUAGCCUUUUACAUCCCUUGAUUUAACCUAUUUCUAUUCACGUUUCGUAUUUGACGGUCAAUCGAUAGGGUUGUGACUUCAGCAGGACUCGGAGCAGCGCAGAGGGCUUGCCAAUAAUUUAAUGAUUUGGAAAACUUUAUCACUUGUAGUCCGUAGGCAGGUAGGAACUUUUGAAUUUCAAAUUAAUUUGGCGCGUGUUGUUGUGUAGAGUUUGUUAAUUUUUUUGUUUGUUUUUAAACAAUUAGUCAAAUUGUUUCGCAUUAAAUUUUGUGUUGUGAAGUUUUUACCGGAUUAUUUUUACAAUAAAAUGUUAAAUUGUAAUUGUCUAUUAACGAAUGUAGAUAGUUGCUCAUGUUCCAUUGGAGAUAUAGGUAGUUUUCCAAUUACAGAGCAUAAUGCGACUCAGUGGCGCACAAUGCCGAAUUAUGCUGAAGCUUAAUUGGAACGUGGAUUAGUUUUCAAAUGCACCAGCAGAGUGCGCUAAGUUAGCACAGUUUUAAUUAACAUUAAUUAUUUCUAAGAAACUACGACGAAACGAAAGCCUUACAAUUUUUUUCAACACUAAGUAAUAUUACUAACGAUAAUAUAAACAAAAUUUCGAUCAAUGACAACUUAAAGAAAAAACACUUGUCAAUUUUCUGUCACUGAGUCGUUAUCGAUUGCGAGUAUCACGCGAGAGCAGUACCUACUUUUGAGAGUGCUCGACUGUGCUUCGAGUUGCUGUAGUUGGAACAUUCAACGUUGAGCAUUAUGCCACAUUAUGCGUUCUUGUGCUGUCAUUGGAAAACUACCAUAAUCAAGGAAUUGCGUUAGAUUUUAACCGACUUCAAAAAAGGAGGACGUUCUCAAUUCGACUGUAUGCUUCUUUUUUAUGUUUGUUAUCUCAUCACUUUUGACUGGGUGAAUGGAUUUUGAUGAUUUUUUUUUUAUUAGAAAGCUGACGCUACCCUUGUGGUCCCAUUUCAAUUUAGUCCAGUUCUGAUAAUGGUAUUCAUGAGAAAACCAUAUAAGUCUUAAAUUUGCAUUAAGUACGUGCGCGACAAAUAGAUGAAUAUCUCAAUAACUCAAUAUCACGCCAACCGAUUUCGAUGAUUAUUGUUUUUAGAGUAUAUUCAUUUGUUUUUGAAUAUAUAUUUUUUUUCUAUUUGAAGUCGGUUUUUGUUAAAGCAUGUCUAUUUAAAAUUAUUUAUAUAUUGACAAGAUCGUUUGUCUGUUUUGUUUGUUUAUCUCGAAUUCGGGAUCACGGUGAUAUUAUACAGACUGCACGACAUCUCCCGUGUAUUACGUUUACUGUAUCUGACUCUACGGUUUUGUGAGCAUUACAUUGCUGGCUCGCAAAAUAUUAAGUUGCUAGUGCAUUAUGAUGGUUGACAUUGACAUUAUUGACAUUACAUUGACAUUGACAUUAUUAUUGACGGUUGACAUUAUGUGCAGGGGUGAAAGAAUAUUUGGUUUAAGCGAUCCUUUUGCAACUCUUAGCCAUUUAAAGGUUAGAAUUUGAAUAUAGUCUCGCUAAAACUCGAGAACGGCUGGACCGAUUUGGCUAAUUUUGGUCUUGAAUUAUAAUUUGUGGAAGUCCAGAGAAGCAUUAAAAGGUAGAUAGACAUGAAAAUGCUCGUAAAUUAAAUAAAAAUAACCAUUUUGUUUUGGACGGAUUCCUUUUGUUUGUUUUAAGUUUAUUUUAUACAAAAGUUUAGGUCUUUUAUAUGUCGAUUGAGGCACUACGAAGUCUGCCGGGUCAGUUAGUACCAAAUAAAACGCACCUUUAAUUAGGAAAAUAAAUGUGGCUUAAACCAGAUAGCCUUGCACUCCUCGGUAUUUUUACUCAUGUUAGCUCGAAUAUAGGUAUUAUUUCGGCUUGAGAGUGGUCACCUAGUCCUCUGCCGGUCUUGUUCCUACCUAUGCUGUAGCGUGACGGUCACUAUUAUGUUUAAAUAUCACUGGGCGGUCCAUAGCGCCCUCACGAGCCAUAUCAAUCCACCGAGCUUAAUUCACAAAUAGUUUAUAAUGUUAAGAUGGAGUAAUUGCGUUGUUUGAAAAAUAAAGUCGUAGCGGCUCGGCUGCGCCCCUGGCAUUGCUGUUGACCAUGGGCGACGGUGAGAACUUUCCGUCACGUAAACUCAUCUGCAUGCAUCGACAGCAUAAAUAUAAGUAGUUUUAAGAUUUUUUUAUAUCUUCAAAUUGUAGAAGGAAUCUGUGUGAAAUAAGAUUAAUGAAAUUCAUAAUAAUAUGUAGUAUAUGUGAAGUGUAUUGCAAUGGCGACCCGGAUGUUCACAAAAUGGUUGUCAGGUCACUUACCGCAGAUGACGGAUCGAUUAGAAAUCACAAUUUACAAUUAAAUGUUUUUGUCUGCAAAUCAUUUGCACUCACGGCUUGCCAGCGCAGAACGUACCUUAAAACUGUACGAUAAGACACUGAUUUGAUUUGUCAGUUGUAGGCUAUAUGUGAUGUUUUAGUACAGAACACAUUACACAUUUACAUUUGGUACUUGUUUAAUGUUUGUGAAUAUCAGAACCUAUGGUUGUCUAGUUGUUGUGAGUUAGUAAGUUUUGUUUCAUUUGAGUUCUAUAUAUAAAUAUUAUUUACGGUACAUAUGAUAGUAUUUUCGAUUUAUGACUGUUGUCUUAUUCAGAUGAUCGAAUUCUCAAUACAUAGUUAAAUAGAAUCUAGAAAUAUCUGUGAGUGAACAUUAAUGUGCUCUAUAGAAUAGGAUCUAGUUUUUUUGACACAGCUUAGUAGAAUUGCUUAGAUUUUAAUUUGUUUGAAGUGCGCUCUUGAGCCCCCAAAAAAAAAAAAAAAAUUAUUAAUUGCCUUCACACUAAAUAAAAUAUAAAUAAAAGAAAAAGGAAAAAGGAGGUGGCUCAGCUAAUAUUGUUCAAAGUCGAUAAAUCGAACCGAAUCGAAUCGAAAAAUCGAAAGAUAGAAGUUAGAAGCACCGUCUCAGUGUAUUUAAAAGUGUUCGCGGAAAGAGAGUCAACUGAGAUGGCGUCACAGUAGCUAGUGGAAUCUAUAUAUUAAUACGUCAAGCAAAAACUUUGUACCCCUUUUUACGAAAAUUGCGCGGACGGAGAAUUAUGAAAUUUCUCACACUUAUAAAGAAUAUAGAGAAGUAGUGCACAAUGCUAAUAUUUUUUUUAAAUAAUGCAUAAAAGAUAAUUUAAAUCAAUAAAGAAAACAUAACACACUCUACCAUGUAUUUGACACAACACAUACAUAAAAAUAUACUCUUUGUUGUCAAUUGGGAAACUUCUGUUAUUGUUUAAAGUCUGUGGUCGAAUUUAAAAUAGAUUAAUAUUGUUUGUCUUUAAUAUUAUUGAUCUAUUAAUAUUGUUUGUCUUUAAUAUUAUUGAUCUAUAGUGCAGUUUUGACAAUAGUGUUUGACAAUAGAACCAUAAAUAAUGUUUAAACUUAUAAUUUUAAUUAAUUAUAGUCGAAUUUCGACUGCGGGGCCACUAGUGAUUUUUAAAACUACCACAAUUUGUUUAAAACUGCUAUACUCAUAACAUUUCCACUUCCUACACUAGCGCUAUUUCGGUGAGUCUCCCAACACUAACUUGCUAUUUACAUGUGGACACUUUUCAAAUUAUCCGAUAUACAAGAUGGUGCUCCAUAUCUUUACCCUUCAGUCAAGCUAGGCUGUGUCGUUCAUAGUUAUAGAUUAGGUUAAGUUAUAUGAUAUCUCAAUUAUUAUAUUUUCAAUCCCAAAUGUUUUGUUGUAAAUCAGCGAGUGAUUUAUUCACAGUGCCUUCGUUGUAUCGUUAAAUCACAAAGUCAGUAACGAGAAGACUGCUACGGUUGGUACUUAAGUCGUUUAUAGGUUAAGUUAAUAUUUUCCGCGGUUUUGUGGCAAUUUGUUAAUAAAAAUAUACACAAGAUAAUUAAACGGGUUCUUGUAGCGAUUUUCAGUUGGACGUCUUAAGUUAGAGACUAGACGGGAAUUAUUAUAAUGGACGUAAAAAUAAGUGUCUAUGGUAACAUAAUAUUAACCAAUGACGUACUGUAGAGGACGCGUGAUGGUUAUUUCAAACUGAUGGGAUUAUUUCGUGUAAUUAAAAUCAUACGUGGUAGGACUUCUUGCGAGUACGCACGGGUAGGUACCACCACCCUGCCUAUUUCUGCCGUGAAGCGGUAAUGCGUUUCGGUUUGAAGGGUGAGGCAGCCGUUGUAACUAUACUGAGAGCUUAGAACUCAUAUCUCAAGGUGGGUGGCGGCAUUUGCGUUGUAGAUGUCUAUGGGCGCCAGUAACCACUUUACAUAGGGUGGGCCGUGAGCUCGUCCACUCAUCUAAGCAAUAAAAUAAUAAAAAUCAAGUUUGCGAUAACUCUAAUGUCGCAGCUUUGCACCGUGACUACACAAACAAUUGUAGUGGGUACAAAACCAUCAAAUUGUAUUUUUAUAGCUCGCAACAUUUUUCUGUCAAAUUUCAAAGAUUAAUUCCAAAGGACGAGCUAAUCGUGUUUUAACUUUACAAUUAUUCUUUGAUAGCACUGAAUGUUUUCAAAUUGUCACAAAAACAUAAAUAACUGACCCAGUUUCAGCUAAACGAUUUAUUAACAAGAUGAGGGUAGAUUGAUAUACUCAUUAAUUUAAGUAGUUUUAGAUGAAACAUCGAAUAUUUCACUUGCAAAAGGGGAUAAAAUGAUUUUACGACACGUUUAAUUUUGAUAAGUGUAUAUAUUUAGGGUGUGUGGGAAACAUACCGAUAUUGUAUAGUAGGGAGCCGGACUGCAUGCGUUCGAAUUCAAGUCUCGCCUGUCCACCGCAUCUUUGAUUAGGGUACUUUGCAUUCGUGUACUUUGUUCGAGUUUUUUAACUUCGCGAUCGAAUAAAAGUUAAUUCGAAUUUGUAUGGAGUUGGAACAGCUUCCCUUCGUUUGCCGCUAGGGGCGCUGUUUCUAACUCCAUACAAAUUUGAGUUAAGUUUCACGAGCUCAUCGUGUACGUUUGUCUCGUGUAUAUGUGUAAGUUUCUGGCUCCCGUAACAUGAGAUACUCAGACUUUGAGGUCGUUUGUGUGACACGAUUGACCUCAAAACAUCAGGAGCUUUUCCUACUAAUCGUUAAUAAAACGUAUAUCGUAAUAAUCGAUUGUUGAUAUUGUUAGCGUGAAUGUAUUAGCGCUUAAAUGUGGCCACGUAAUCCAUUGACUAACGCAUGUAAAGUAAUUUUACCCUGAACAUUAAUUCCGAAUUCAUAUAUCACAAAAGCUUUACUAACCCAAGGCACACUAGAUAUGUAUUACGAAUUACUUUAAAUUUUAAUGAAUGUGUUAUACAAUUUAAUAAUCUGAUGUCUCUUGUGUAUGACUGGUGAUUUACCGCACCAUAGAGCUAGAGAGAAAGAGAGAGACAUACAUCAGAUAAUUGUCAUCUCUGUCACUCGUACGCGAAACGUUUCAUCAGAGUCGCACUUAGCUUGGCGUUACAAGUGGCUGUGCGGCGAGAUGACGUCAUAAAAUACACUUACACGCAUAUGUUAGAUGUAUUCUUUUUCGCACCACUUCUUUCUUAUCAGUGUUAUUGAAUAAACAUUUAGCAACAUUAUGAUUAUAAAUUAUUUAUUAAAUAAAACUUAAAAGAAAUUAAUAAAGUUUGGCAUUAUUAACAAUUGACAAACACAUUCACUGCGACUCCAGUGUGCUUAGUGAGAGUUUUUUUAAUGUUCUCUAUAGCGUAAAAGUAACAACAGUAACUCGAAUUUGUAUGCAGUUUGGAACAGCGCCCCUACCGGCAUACGUUCAAACUGCAUACAAUUUUGAGUUAACUUUUACGCUAUCGAGAGCGUUAAGAAACUCGCACCAAACACAAAGGUCUUAAAUCCUUUGACUAAACUAUACGCUCUUGUGAAACUCAAAUAUCGCAUUCUAUUAAUGUGGCGUGAACUUCCAACUACAUAGUCAUUUAAAUGUGAAGUUGGGCUGACAGUGACCACCGCGUCGCCACGUAUAUACAUGUGUUUAAAAGAUAUACAGUCAAACCUGGAUAAGCGAGAGUUCAAGGGAGCACAAUCUCAUUCUCGCUUAUAGAGGUUUCUCACUAACCCUAGUUUCUCGCUAAUGCACCCUCUGAAUUUCAUUUAGCGAUUUUCCGGAUUCAAACGCAUUCACUAUUUUAAGUUUAUCACUUAAUGACAGUACUUUAAUUCUCCGUUUUGACAUGAUGCAGAACAGAACUUUCCUUCGCAAUUGACUAACGAUAAACUGAGUAAGUCCGAGAAAUAGGACGGUACACAGACACACGUGUCCAUUCGAAAAGAAUGCGAUAAAAUAACAAUGUUAUUUAGUUCCACGAAAUAGAAUAGGUUCAAUAUUGACGAGAAAACAAUACAAAAACAAUAGUAAGAAGUUCCACGAAAGUUAAGAAUGAGUCAUAAAAUAGCAGAUGUUAAAUUUGUAAUUUUUUUUGUCAUUUGUUCCUCGUAAAUAUAAUAAAUAAAUAAAGCUCGAUUGUCGCUUAUAGAGGUAUAGAUAAGUAGCAGUCUCACUUACGGAGGUCCAUGAGGGAAAAACAACUCUCUCUUACAGAGGUUUCUGUUUCUCGCUAAUAGAGGUUUUGGGAGCUUAAAAUGACGGGUCCUGGCUAUUACUCUCACUUAUAGAGUUUUCUCACUUAUCCAGUUCUCACUUACCCAGGUUUGACUGUACUAUUUAUAACAACAGACUACGCCACUGUCGUUACAACCGGACGGACACAUUUGGAUAUUGUUCACUGAGCGAUAACUGUUUCAAGUAUACUGUAUUUGAAUUAUAAAACUCUCCAAACGUAAUAUGACGUUUUACACUAGACCGUCAGUUACCAGACCAGUGAAAUAAAUUAAUUGAAAUAAAUACAGUUCCGAGAGAUGAAAAUUAAAAAAACAUCCGAUAUGUCCAAUAAGAAUCAUUGCGUCACAUAAUUUGUUUAUUUCAAUAAAAUCAGCUCCCAAUCUCAAGAAAAUGUCCUUCGUUGAAUCAAAUCCGAAUCAUUGAGAAGUGAGACUUCAUGUAAUAGACGCACUGUACACGGAAUGUAAUAAUAUUCAAUAAAUUGAUGUUUAAAA